UUUCUUGGGCGUGUGAGCCAACCUGGUGGUUCGGCGAUUAUAUUUCUUAGAGAAAAUAUAAUUGGAGUUCGACGUGUUAAGAAUUCACAUAUGCCCAUGAAAAGAUGUCAUGGUGCUGAAGGUGAAUGGGAAAUCUGGAUUCUGGACAUUCAUUACCCUCAUGUUACCGAACCAACAGAUGUUGAUAGUUCAAAAAAUCACGAUGAUGUCGUUGAAUUUAAAGUCAAAGUGGUUCCAUUAGUUAACGAAAAUGAUUUGAUUAUGGAAGAACAAAACAAGGAGAAAGAAGCAUUAUAUAAACGGCGCGAAAAUGCAGAAGAAUUAAAAGGAUUCGUUCGGCGGCGGAGGGAUGUUUCGGGAAAUUGUUCCUCAAGUCCGACAUAUCCCCUUUUCAAUAAUCACAAUCAAAAUCAUUCACAAGUUCGUAAUAAUGAAGAGGACUCUGCACAAAGUCAGGUUGUGGAUUUUAGACAGCGAAGCCAGAGACAACGUAGUA